UGACAUCAGUAUCAAGAUCAAGCUCAAUACAGGAUCGCAUCAGGAAGGCCGCCCUGUAGGCAAGACUUCCGACAUCCAACUCAACUGAGCUGAGCGGCGGCCGCGGGACACUGAAUUACCUGCCGCACGCCGGGGACACGCAGGCAGGUUCUAUCUUUCAUGGCAGUACUUCCGCCCGUCGUUGAAGGUUAAGCCGUCAUCUGCAUAAAAAAGUGUGCCUGUAUAAAAGUUCUCAUCCCUGAACCCAAUCUGUCUCGUUAAGUUUCUCAGUUAUUGAAUAUGUAAUCAGUUUGAACGGUGUCGUUGAUACUGUCCAUCCUUGCUUUAUGCCGCUGGUUAUUUCCACUUCUUCCUGAGCUUCAUCUCCUCGUUUAAUACUGGUUUUAUCCUUCUGUCAGGCCAUCAAGCCCCUCAACACCACCACCACCACCACCACCACCACCAGCGUCAUGGAGGCUGCAGGGAGGGGCAGCAGGAUGGCAGGACGGAGACAGGUGGUGAAGAACAUGAACACUGGCGGCAGCCCUGAGGAGUGUCCAGUGUGCCUGACAGGCUAUGAUGGCACCGUGCAGCGGCCGCGCACCCUGCCCUGUGGCCACACUGUCUGCACGCUGUGCAUAGACCAGCUGGAGGAGCAGGGCCGUGUUGCCUGCCCAGAGUGCCGCGUCAGCCACGCCGUGCCCGAGGGAGAACAGUUCCCUGUCUGCUAUGCUGUUGAGGCCCUCAUAAGAAUGUUGAGAGACGCUGAGGAGGCAGCAGCAGCAGCAGCAGCAGCCUUGCCGCCACCCAGUGCCGGGGAAGCAGCAGCCUCGCCACCACCCAGUGCCGGGGAAGGAGCACCACCAGGGGCGGCUGGCAAGAAGGAGGCGGCGGGUCUCUCCAAGAAAAUGCGUUCCUUCCUGCAGGAACAGGAGGCCACAGUUGUGGCCGCCAUCACCGCCUGCCGGGAGGCUCAGUCGCAGCUGGACCAGUACCAGACGACCCUGGCAGGCUGGGGCAAGCAGCAGCAGCAGCUGGAGGACAGGCUCCUGGGACUGGUGGACCAGAGCAGGAGUGCCAGGGAGCUCCUGCAGCAGGAAGAGUCCCGUGUGGCGGCCAAGGAGGAGGAGCUGAAGAAGGAGGAGCAGGGGCUGCAGGCCAUGCUGGAGACGUUGCGCACCCUUGCAACAGAGCAAGAAGCAGGCGCGGCGAUGCCUGAAGUGUUUCGUUGGACUGGCGAGGCAGAGCAGGCGGUGGAGGAGUGCCGAGAAGGUUUUCCUGAUGCCAGCACCGUCACCACCGCCAGGAAGGUGAGAGAGGCAUCUAGUGCAGCCCUGGAGGCUGGCCAGGCUGUCCAGGCAGCUCUGGAAACACUUACUACAGAGGAGCCCAGGCCCCAGGCAGACCCAGACUCCACAGUCAUGGACAGACUGCACCUCAUCUGUACAUGGAGAUUGACGGCCGAGGACCUCCGCAGCCUGACGCAGCCCGCCAGGCGCCUGCUGGAGGCUGGCCGGGUGUUUGCUGUCCACCAGGCGGAAGGUCAGCGCCGACACGCAAGAAUAAGCCUUGAAGCCGGCCAGCUGUGCCUCCACGCCCUGAAGGACCAUCCCCCGCCACUGGGCGCGGCAACCCUGCAGGUGAGCGAGGUUGUGCCGCCCUCCCCCCCCUGCACGGUGUUCCUGGACCUGUCCUGGCCGGGCAGCGCGCCGCGGCGGGUACAAAUCCGUCUGAGCCCCGACACCCCUCGAGGCAGACAGUUGUUACUGUUGUGCACGGGGCAGCGCGGCCCCUCCUACGUUAACACCAGGUUGUAUGGAGUAGGGAGAAAGGCGGAGGCGGGAGAGUUUGUGAAGGGCGGGGACUAUGAGAGUAACGAUGGGGAAGGGUCAUCCGUCCUGCUGCCUGGCCUUGGUGAGGGUGAGUACCGAAAGUCAGGCCGGGCGGGGGAUGUGUGUGGGCUGGAGUGGACUGACCGUACCCGGGGUGAGUGUGGUCAUUUUGGCAUCUUCACCAGAGACUGUAAGGAUGGUGGUGGGACGUCUCUUGUCUUCGGUGAGGUGGUGGACGGACUGCACGUGGUGGCCGAGGCAGCCCAACACAGGGACAUUAAGGAGGUGACUGUGGCGGACUGUGGCGUGGUGUUGUGAGGGUAAUGGCCACCACCACAGCAAGGUUAUGGAGGUGACUGUGGUGUGGUGUUGUGAGGGUAAUGGCCACCACCACCACCACCACAGCAAGGUUAUGGAGGUGACUGUGGCGUGGUGUUGUGAGGGUAAUGGCCACCACCACCACCACCACCACCACAGCAAGGUUAUGGAGGUGACUGUGGUGUGGUGUUGUGAGGGUAAUGGACACCACCACCACCACCACCACAGCAAGGUUAUGGAGGUGACUGUGGUGUGGUGUUGUGAGGGUAAUGGCCACCACCACCACCACCACCACAGCAAGGUUAUGGAGGUGACUGUGGUGGUUCUUUAUUUUUUGUAACAUCCAGGGUGAUGAUUUGUGCAUUACAUGAACACUUGAUAAUAUAAUCUCUUAUUUCUUGCUGCAUUCCUGUAACAUCCAGGGUGAUGAUUUGUGCAUUACAUAAACACUUGAUAAUAUAAUCUCUUAUUUCUUGCUGCAUUCCUGUAACAUCCAGGGUGAUAUUUUGUGCAUUACAUAAACACUUGAUAAUAUAAUCUCUUAUUUCUUGCUGCAUUCCUGUAACAUCCAGGGUGAUAUUUUGUGCAUUACAUAAACACUUGAUAAUAUAAUCUCUUAUUUCUUGCUGCAUUCCUGUAACAUCCAGGGUGAUGAUUUGUGCAUUACAUGAACACUUGAUAAUAUAAUCUCUUAUUUCUUGCUGCAUUCCUGUAACAUCCAGGGUGAUGAUUUGUGCAUUACAUAAACACUUGAUAAUAUAAUCUCUUAUUUCUUGCUGCAUUCCUGUAACAUCCAGGGUGAUAUUUUGUGCAUUACAUAAACACUUGAUAAUAUAAUCUCUUAUUUCUUGCUGCAUUCCUGUAACAUCCGGGGUGAUAUUUUGUGCAUUACAUAAACACUAGUUGAUAUAUAAUGUUUCAAUUUCCUGCUGCAUUUUUGUAACAUCCGUAUUAUGUGCAUUACAUGAACACUUGAUAUAAUCUCUUAUUUUUCGCUGCAUUCUUGUAACAUCCGGGGCGAUACUCUGCGUGAUGUUUUGUGCAUUACAUAAAUACUGGAUGUAAUGUGAUAGUUUCUUGGGGCAUCCUUGUAACAUGUUUUGUGCAUUACAUAAAUACUGGAUGUAAUGUGAUAGUUUCUUGGGGCAUCCUUGUAACAUGUUUUGUGCAUUACAUAAAUACUGGAUGUAAUGUGAUAGUUUCUUGGGGCAUCCUUGUAACAUGUUUUGUGCAUUACAUAAAUACUGGAUGUAAUGUGAUAGUUUCUUGGGACAUCCUUGUAACAUGUUUUGUGCAUUACAUAAAUACUGGAUGUAAUGUGAUAGUUUCUUGGGGCAUCCUUGUAACAUGUUUUGUGCAUUACAUAAAUACUGGAUGUAAUGUGAUAGUUUCUUGGGGCAUCCUUGUAACAUGUUUUGUGCAUUACAUAAAUACUGGAUGUAAUGUGAUAGUUUCUUGGGGCAUCCUUGUAACAUGUUUUGUGCAUUACAUAAAUACUGGAUGUAAUGUGAUAGUUUCUUGGGGCAUCCUUGUAACAUGUUUUGUGCAUUACAUAAAUACUGGAUGUAAUGUGUUAGUUUCUUGGGACAUCCUUGUAACAUGUUUUGUGCAUUACAUAAAUACUGGAUGUAAUGUGAUAGUUUCUUGGGGCAUCCUUGUAACAUGUUUUGUGCAUUACAUAAAUACUGGAUGUAAUGUGAUAGUUUCUUGGGACAUCCUUGUAACAUGUUUUGUGCAUUACAUAAAUACUGGAUGUAAUGUGAUAGUUUCUUGGGGCAUCCUUGUAACAUGUUUUGUGCAUUACAUAAAUAUACUUGAUACAAAG